AUGAAUAAGGAAACAUGGAACAAUGAGUUCGGGAUCCUAACGUUAUCCAGUAGUUUCAAAGCACUUUCGCCAUCAGGUUGUAAAUUUGCAAACAAUACCGAAGUGAGAGUAUCACUAUUACAACGACACGGUACAUUUGAUGUUAAAUAUCAAGCAAAUUAUCUACCUGGAUUUGUUCUGGCACAGAAUGGUCCUGGUCUUGAACGACAUCAAUUUUCACAUUUAGAUUGUCCACAUGAACAUUUCUUAAGAAGUGGAAAAUUUAUUUUAGGGAAAUUUGUUGAUAAGGCAGAAACUGAAUUACAUCUCACUGCCUUCAUUAUACCAUGUAAACAUACUCUACAUAUACCACCGAAGAUAAUCCAUUCAAAUGAUUAUCUUCAAGGAACAUGGAGGACCAUGUUAGGUAGAGAUGAUGUUGAUCGUGUCAUACUGACUCGACAGACUUCAAAUGGAAAUCUGACAGAAAGGUUUAUGUUUGAUUUUCCUGGUAAUCUCUUAGUUCUCCCAGAUGUUGUUCAACAUUCAUAUCAUGGUAAUGAUCAUUUUUGUUAG